AUGCAGCAAUCACGCACACGAGCCAUCGCCGCUCUCAAGGGCUCACGCACCACCACCUUUUCCACCUCCGCACAAAGAUGCGCCGUCUCGCCAUUCCGCAGGCCUGCGCAAGCAAUCACACAGAAGGUCGUCGCUGAAGAUGCGAAGCGGCCUCAGAGCACCGCGGCCGCCGCCUCACAACCCCAGGCGCGCCCAAGACCUGCGCCCGCCUUCAAUCGCGAGGACUAUGGCGACGUCCAGCCAUUGAAGCCAUACCGCAGCCCCGCAAUGGACCACUCCUUCGUUGGCAUGACAGGCGGGGAGAUCUUUCACGAAAUGAUGCUCCGCCAGGGUGUCAAGCACAUUUUCGGCUACCCAGGCGGUGCCAUUCUCCCCGUCUUCGAUGCCAUCUACCAGUCAAAACACUUCGACUUCAUCCUGCCACGGCAUGAGCAGGGUGCCGGCCACAUGGCCGAGGGUUAUGCCCGCGCCAGUGGCAAGCCCGGUGUGGUGCUCGUCACCUCGGGGCCUGGUGCCACCAAUGUCGUCACACCUAUGCAGGAUGCCCUGAUGGACGGAACACCUCUAGUUGUCUUCUGCGGGCAGGUCGUCACGAGCGCAAUUGGGUCCGACGCUUUCCAAGAGGCCGACAUGGUGGGCAUCACAAGGCCAUGCACCAAGUGGAACGUUUUGGUCAAGAAUAUUGCAGAGCUGCCGAGGAGAAUCAACGAGGCGUUUGAGAUUGCGACAAGCGGACGCCCGGGACCUGUCCUGGUUGAUCUGCCAAAGGAUGUCACAGCCAGCAUCCUCUCAAGACCCAUUCCCAUGAGCAGCUCUCUCCCAACCUCUGUGAGCGCAGCAACGCUCGCGGCAAGAGAACUGAGCAAGCAACAGCUUGACACCUCCAUCAGGAGAUCUGCCAACUUGAUCAACAUGGCGAAGAAGCCUGUCAUCUAUGCCGGACAGGGCAUUCUCCAGACAGAGAAUGGUCCUGAGAUUCUAAAGGAGCUCUCGGAGAAGAUGCAGAUUCCCGUCACCACCACGCUGCAAGGCCUCGGAGGAUUCGAUGAACUCGACCCCAAGUCCCUGCACAUGCUUGGUAUGCACGGCUCGGCAUACGCCAACAUGGCUAUGCAGGAGGCCGACCUCAUCCUCGCCCUUGGUGCCCGCUUUGACGACCGCAUCACAGGCGCCAUCGCCAAAUUUGCUCCCGCCGCGAAAGCUGCCGCAGCCGAAGGCCGAGGUGGAAUCAUCCACUUCGAAAUCAUGCCCAAGAACAUCAACAAGGUCGUGCAGGCGACUGAGGCUGUCGAGGGCGACGUUGGCACCAAUCUUACCCAGCUCAUUCCGCUCCUAAAUACCGUAAAGGAGAGGCCGGAAUGGUUCGCCCAAAUUGCAGACUGGAAGGAGCGCUUCCCGUGGGCAUACGAGAAGGAGGGCGAGAAUGGCCUCAUCAAGCCGCAGACCGUCAUGGAGACACUGUCCAAUCUCACAGCACACAACAAGCAUGAGACCAUCCUUACAACCGGUGUCGGUCAGCAUCAGAUGUGGUGCGCCCAGCACUACCGGUGGCGAUACCCACGUACCAUGAUCACCUCUGGUGGUCUCGGCACCAUGGGCUAUGGUCUUCCCGCCGCCAUCGGCGCCAAGGUCGCCCGUCCCGAGUGCACAGUCAUCGACAUUGACGGCGAUUCCUCUUUCAGCAUGACGCUGACCGAGCUGUCUACUGCCGCAGAGUUCAACAUUGGCGUAAAGAUCAUCAUCCUCAACAACGAGGAGCAGGGCAUGGUCACGCAAUGGCAAACGCUCUUCUACACGGACCGUUUCUCGCAUACGCACCAGCGGAACGCCGAUUUCGUGAAGCUGGGUGACGCCAUGGGCGUUCAGGCGCAGCGCUGCAUCAAGCCUGACGAGUUGGAGGACAAGCUCAAGUGGCUCCUCAACACCGACGGUCCGGCGCUCCUGGAGAUUGUGACGGAUCAGAAGGUGCCUGUGCUGCCCAUGGUGCCCGCGGGCAGUGCGCUACAUGAGUUUAUGGUCUAUGACGAGAAAACGAUAAAAGAUCGCAGAGCCCAAACCAAAGAUCGAUCAGGCCGCUAA